AUGCAACGUACAACUACAACGAAUCUUAUCUCCUGUAUAGGAUAUAAAGGAAGCUUUGCUUCUCAUGCUUUGUCUAUUGGUAAUAGGAACAAUAGUACACUACGUCGACACAAAGAAAAACAUUUUUUUCAUGCUGACAAUUACAAAUUGAUUCUUAAAUGUCUUGAUGGUGGUUAUGAUAUUUCUACAGAUUUAAUUGAAUAUAUGCAAGAUUAUUGUAAUCUUCUUCAAGAACAUAUUAAUCAUCUUAAUUCAUAUUCAAAAAAAUGGAAAUCAAAAUUAGUACAACAAUUAUCAUUAUCAUCAUAUAAUACUACUAAACGUGCUCAAUUUGAAACAGUUCGUACACCUGAACGACGUGCUAAAAUCUUACAAAAACAACAUGAUAAUAUUCAAACAGUUAUUGCUACAUAUCGUACACAAGUAGAUCGAAUGUAUCCAAAGGAACGUUUCGGUACUAGUCAUAAACAUUAUCGUACGAAUGCAAAGAAAAUCUUAUUCGAAGCUGCAUAUUCUUCAUUAUCCGAACUAUCGAAUAAACUUGAAAAAUUACGUGAAAAAGAACAACAAGCACAAUAUGCUCUUGAGGAUGCUAAUACUCAAUACGAAAAUUUUACUGAUGAUGAAACAAUAAGCAAAAGCAAAAUCACAAAAAUCGAAGAAAAACAAGAAAAAAUAAAAAAUAAAUUAGACCGUAUUAAACAAGAAAUUUUACAAACUAAAGAACAAUAUAAACAAGAACAAGAAAUUUAUCGUAAAAGAGCAACAGAGAUCUAUGAAGAAUGUCGAGAAUUGGAAGAACAACGAUUAGAUUUAAUUGGAGAAACAUUAUUAAAAUUUAAUGAAGCAGCUUUUUCAUCUUCAUAUUUAUUUGAACAAGAUGAAAUAUAUGAAGAUCUUAAAUCAAAACUCGAAAAUCAACGAAAUACGUUAAAAGAUCUUGAUUUUUGGGCACAAACAUAUGGUGUUUAUGAUUCAAAAACAUCCUUAACACCCGAAAUGAAUCAUAAUGAUGAUAUUCAUAAUCAAAAUAUCUCUUCUCCAACUACUAUUCGAAAAACAAAAACAUCUCAUAAAAAUGAAACAGAGAAUUUCACAAUAACAGAAGAAAAUGUAGAACAAUCAAUUGAUGAAGAUGCAAAUGAACAAUCACAAACAGAUAAUACAAUCACUUCAACUAAAACUACAGUAAAAAAGAACAUAAAUUUAACAUCUAUCGAAACCAAUGAUAAUAUUACAACAAAUACUAUGCCGCUCAAUCAGGUAUAA